AUCGAUAUAUCCUUAAAAAGUUUAGAUAGUCGCCAACACUAUUUUUUGGUUAAAUAAUCUAUGGCAGGAUUCUGUAUGAAUCGGUUUUUUCUGUCGUUUAAACAAGCGUGUGUGACACGCAGUUUUAGAUUCAAUCACAGCCCGGCUGCAACUCAUUAUGACAUUAUUAUUUCGGGUGGUGGUAUGGUAGGAUUUGCAAUGGCCUGCAGCUUAGGUAGGAAUAGCUGUUUAAAGAACAAAAGGAUUUUGUUGUUGGAGUCAUCAAAUUACAAAGAGUUGAAUCUGACAGCUUAUAACCAUCGUGUGUGUUCUCUAAACUUAAAUUCCAAAUUGCUACUUGAGUCUUUAGGUGCUUGGCAACAUAUUGUUAAUGCUCGUUAUUCUCCUGUGAAGAAGAUGCAGGUUUGGGAUGCAGGCUCAGAUGCAGUAAUAACAUUUGGAAGGGCUAAUUUGAGUGAAGAAAUUGCUUGGAUUGUAGAAAAUGAUGUUAUUCAAGAUUCAUUAGUGAAAGAAUUACACCACAAAAAUCAAGUAGAUGUGCAGUAUCAAUCUAAGGUAAUUAACUACAAGCUCCCAAAACAUGCAGAUGAUGCAGUCCAUGUUACUCUUGAAGAUGGUUCUCAUAUCACCACAGAUUUAAUAAUUGGGGCAGAUGGUUACAACUCGGGGUUACGGCAAGCUAUGAAGACGCAGUACAUCAUGCAUGAUUAUAAUCAAAUGGCAGUCGUUGCCACUCUUCGCAUCUCGGAGAGCACGGAAAAUGUCACAGCUUGGCAAAAAUUUCUACCAUCCGGUCCCAUUGCUAUCUUACCGUUGAGCAACGAUCUUAGUUCACUCGUGUGGAGUACAGAUAAAAAAUCGGCCCAACAUUUACUGCAUUUACCUCAAGAAAUCUUUACGGACCAGAUUAACCAAGCUAUUUGGAGUAACCAAGACAAGAAUCGUAUGGCCCAAAACGUCACAGAAAAAUUUUUUCAAUUGUUGAAAGUGUGCCGCAUUAAUUCGAGAGAGGAAAAUGAAACCGAUACUUUCCAGCUUCCACCCAGUGUAGUCGGCAUAGAAGGACAUCAAGCAGCUUUCCCUUUGAGUUUUGGCCAUUCGGUUAAUUACGUUUCUCAUAAGGCUGUUUUGAUAGGGGAUGCGGCUCAUCGAAUACAUCCCCUAGCCGGACAAGGAGUUAACCUGGGCUUCGGAGAUGUUGUUGCCCUUAAUCAAGUAAUUAACGAGGCUAUUGAUAACGGAUCUGACCAUGGAAAUUGUCUCUACCUCCAGAAAUAUCAAUCUAAUCGUCAAUUGAGUAACUUACCCGUUAUGGCAGUAGUUCACGGGUUGCACUUGUUAUAUGGUACAACGUCGCUGCCACAAGUUUUGUUGAGAAGUUUGGGCCUGACCCUUGCUGAUUCAUUAUCUUCUGUUAAAAAAUUUAUGAUUCAAAGAGCUUCAGCUUAGCUUGAUGUAAAAAUAUACGGUUUCCAGUUUGAGAAAGUCUGCCUAAAAAAUGUACGUUGUAGAAAUAUACAGACUUAAGAGUA